AUGCUUCGGUUUGGCUGCUCACAGCUCACCGUGGAGCGUCUUGAUCCGCUCGUGAAUCCGGCACAAGUUGGUACUCCACACGUGCAUCAAAUCAUCGGAGGCAACUCUUUUCGACCAGACAUGAAGCCGGUGGAGUACGAUCUCGUCGAGAACUCGAACUGCACAAGUUGCACUUUCAGCGAGGAUUUCAGCAACUACUGGACUGCUGCGAUGUACUUCCGUGCGAGAAACGGAACGUUCAAACGUGUCCAACAAUUUGAGAAUGGAGGAUUGAGGCAGAAUGGCGGCAUGACUGUGUAUUACAUAGCUCCUUAUGACGGUGUCAGCAAAGUUACAGCUUUCAAGCCAGGUUUCCGCAUGCUAGCAGGAAAUCCGACGCUGCGAAACACGACUGGCGAGUCCCGCGGUAUCUGUCAUCGAUGCUUUGAAGGCGAGAAUUUCGAACCCUUCGGUGGCGCACCAUGCACUGGCAACGAUACGACUCACCUACCCGAUCACUUCUGUCCUGGCGGCAUCAGAACCCAAGUAACGUUCCCGACCUGCUGGGACGGAGUGAACCUGGACUCACCAGACCAUCAAAGCCAUGUAGCAUACGCGACUAUUCCGUUCGAGCCCUACGCCGAUCCCGUCGCAGUACGACCAAUCACACCAGAAUCGCAGCGAGGAAAAUGCCCAGAAACUCAUCCAGUACAUCUUCCGCAGCUCAUGUUCGAAGUUAUGUUCGACUCGCGGCCAUGGAACAAUAAGGACCUCUGGCCGGAAGAUGGGAGCCAGCCGUUUGUGUUCUCCAUGGGCGACGCAACAGGCCACGGCAAUCAUGGUGAUUACAUGUUCGGUUGGAAGGGUGAUUCUUUGCAGCGCGCUAUGAAUGCCCGAUGCAACAAUGACAAAUGCUCAGAGCUACUUGACCAGACUCCUGAGGAGGCAAUGAAAUGUACUGUUCCGACGACAGUGAAGGAAGAUGUUGGUGACGAUACAUGUGAGUGA